AUGGUCCUGCCCAGCCGCCAGCUUCCCCUCCAGGAUCGCCGACGCAUCCUGUCCCACCAGCUAGCAGAGUUUAUCCACUGCUACAACAAGGAGACAGAGCAUAUGGUCAAGAAACUGAAGAAGACGAAGAAAAUUGUAUCAACCACAGUGUGUUUCAGGAGUUUAUCACUGAGUCAGAAUCAGCACAGACCAGCCCACUGCAGACCAACCCACUGUAGAGCGUCUGUAGACCCUAGAAGUAUUAAACAACAUGAGGUCCAGGCCUCCCAGCACUCCUGCAGCUUCCCAGCUGCCUUAUACUGUGGCCACAUCCACCUGCAGCACUACUCUCACCCCCAGAACCCACCCCAGUCUCUGCCCCUGCACUGCCCCCCACCACCCCCAUCUCAGCCCCCAUCCUACGACCAGUCCCACUUUCGCCUCCACUCCCCUCGCCAGCUAGAAACCCCUCCACAGCCCCAGGCCUCUGUGUUCUCCUCAGCCUCGACCCUUGUCCCCCAGCCCCCUCGGGUAAUAUGGGCAGCUGCCCGCCCUGGUCCCACCACAGUCUCAGCACCACCAGUCUCCCAGGUCCUAAGGCAGGUCCAGUCCUUUACCUCCACCUCCUCUGCGGCUGCAGCCUCGUCCUCCAUGCCUGGUGCCAUCCACAUCUACAGCCAGAAGCUCUCCAGGCCCACCUCUGCAGGUCAAGCAAUCAGAAGGACCGCCUCCUGCCGGCCCAGAUCAGAUCCAGCUGGGGUCUUUAAGGACCUGGACUCCCUGUCUGCUCAGACCCAGUUCAACCAGCAGGCCAUUGUCUUAGCCCUGCAGAAGCAGGCUGCCUACCAGCUCCAUCAGUCUACUAACACAAUAUGAGUCUCCUGUCACCCUACCCAACCCAUCUACCCUCUUACCUGCUCAAUAAUUAGUUAGUGUCACCUAGGAUACAAAACUACUACAAAUCUAUCAUACACUGUAAAGGGAUUUGUGCUUUUCUCUAGAUGAGUAAAGGGAAUCCACACAUCCUGCACAGCGGUCUUACUGAGGGUAUUAAUAUUCCACUGUAAACCUGUCUGUGACCCCGUGGUGAGUGACACCUCAGAGCUCAGUGUUGCUCACUCAUCCAGCAGGCAGAGAGGGUUCCUGGAGUUGGCUGGAGCUGGCUGGUCUGAGCAGAGCAGAGUGGUGGUGAGCUGAUCUGAGGCUCCGUGUGAGGUCUCAUUAUCAUUUGUGCCAAAUGGGAGUGCUUUCUGUUGAUAUUUAACAGGUAGUCACUUUUUGAUGCUUAUGAAUAAAAUAAUGUGGAAAUUAGCACUGAGUGGGGGUGAGAUGGCUCUGCUUCCUCCCCCACCUCUCUUUUUAACGUCUUGCCUGAAGGUUUGUCAUUCACAGUGGGUAAGCCCACCAGCCUCCCUCCAUCUUUCUCCCUCCCUGGUGUAACGGAUGUGAAAUGGCUAGCUAGUUAGCGGGUACGCGC